AUGGUCGCUCUCACCAUGACCCCUACCACCAUGCGGCAGCCAUUUGCCAGCUUGGACGCGCCACGCAUGCGCUCCUUGCUCAAGACUAGAAUGAACAUGAAGAACAAACAAGAUGGUGCCAUUCUUUCGGGAAAGAGACAGCCCCUGUCGGACGUGGACUCGGAGAAUAUCGACCCAACCACUUUCAAACAAUCCGCCAAACGCAAGCGUGGUGCCGACGAUGAUGACCUGGAACCUGCCAAGGAACCCUGCAAGCCAUUCAAAACCUCUCGCAUGGUUCUGACCACCGUCAAGUCGACCACUGUCACUCCUCGCAAGCCAACCACCACACCCACCAAACCAACCGUGUCUACUCCCAAGUCCGCUCCCAACCUUCGGCCAGCUGGACGUUCACCACCGCCCAAGUCUUGCAAGCCAUUCUCUCGCCGUUCUACUAUCGCGAAAAGCCGUCCCGAGUCCGUUAACCGGAAAUCCGUCCACCGCCCAUUCUCUCUUGCAACCGCUCUGUCUGGCGCAAAGGCAAAGACUCAGCCCAGCCCCAAAGCUCCUGCGUCCUGGUCAUUCGAUAUCCAUGUGGACACCGAACAGGAAGAGAUGACCAACCUCAUGCAACACUCCACCUGUGUCCUGGACAUCAGCGACCAGGAAGGGAAAGUUGAGACCUCUGGUCGAGGCAAGGAGAAUGUACCUCCGGCGGAACUCGGACUUGAUCUUCCCCGUUCUCGUCAGCAGGAGUCCCCUGCGGCUGCGGCGCGCAAGUCUGUCAUGCUGGAGGAGUCUCGUGAGCCGUUGGGUGACCUCAAUGCCGCUGACUACUACGGUGAUGACUGCCAUGCCUUCUCCUAUGCCGUUGUCUAUGAUGACGAGACCGACGAGAAUGCGAAGAAGGCCCCAUCAGUACCACGCUCCACCCCCAACUCGGCCCGCAGUAAGCUUUCCAACGUCUCCUCCGUCUCUUCCUUGCUUGAAGUAACUGCCCCUGCCAAGCCUACCGCGGACGCUGAGCUUGAAGCUGAGGCGGCAAUUGAGAUCUGGGAGAGCGAGAGUGCUGCGGAAGAAGCCGCCGAUACCAACUGA